CUAAAGUCUAAGAGGACUGGACUUCCUGGAGUUGCAUCGCACUUAUUAGCCGUUCGCCGGAGUCGCCAUGGCUCGUAUCCUUCCUCCUAACAGUCGACCGAUUGUCAUUUCUGGACCCUCAGGCGUCGGCAAAAGUACACUUUGCCAAAGGCUUCUAGGUGCACAUCCGGGAAUAUUCGCUACAACUGUAUCCCACACAACUCGUAAGCCGCGGCCCGGUGAAGCUGAUGGUUCAGCAUAUUACUUUGUGUCGCGAGACAAGUUCGAAUCACUUAUCGCCGGAAAUACUUUCAUAGAGCAUGCGGAGUUCAAUGGCAACCUUUAUGGAACUAGCAAACAAACAGUCAUCGACCAGACGGCAAAAGGGUUGGUUGUUUUGCUCGAUAUCGAGAUGGAAGGGGUCAAACAAUUAAAGCAAGAGCAGUUGAAGGCGGAUUCCCAGAUCAAUCCGCGAUUUGUCUUCAUUAAGCCACCAAGUUUCAUGGCGCUCGAGGCGCGGCUUAGGGGACGGGACACCGAGGACGAGGGUAGCAUCCAGAGAAGGCUGGCUCAAGCCAAAGCCGAGAUUGAUUACGCCGAAACAGGUGUGCACGACAAGAUCAUCACAAACCACGAUCUCGAAAAGGCCUUUCAAGAACUGGAGGACUUCGUGUUUAAUGUACACUCAUCCAAAAAUUAGACGUAGAUCAACUGAAAGUUUUGAUGCCAUAUUUAAUCAUAUUAACGGUCAUC